CCAAAAAUGCAGGAAGCCAAACAACCAACUGAGGUGUCUCUAUCUUUGUUGGUGGAUUAUUACACAGACACAAACCAAUACUGCCAUCUCUCAAAAGGAGAAGAAAUCGAUCCCAUUAUUCCAACAACAACCUCCUUCUUCAAGACAACUUUCAACGGAUUGAACUCUCUCUCAGGAGUUGAAAUUUUGUCGAUUCCGUUCGCCCUAUCUUCGGGCGGAUGGUUGAGCCUAAUCCUGCUUCUGAUCAUAGCGUCGGCGACGUUCUACACCGGAUUACUGAUCAAACGGUGCAUGGACGCCGACGACAAGAUCAGAAGCUACCCGGAUGUCGGGGAGAGGGCUUUCGGAGGUAAAGGGAGAGCGGUGGUGUCCGUGUUCAUGAACGUGGAGCUCUUCAUGGUAGCCACUGGCUUCCUCAUCCUUGCUGGGGACAAUCUUUCCACCUUGCUGCCGGACGUGGAGCUGCACUUGUGCGGCGCCGUUGUCGGUGGGAGAACGGCUCUAGUGCUGGCGGUGGCGGCCGUGAUGGCGCCGACUGUUUGGAUAGACGACAUGAGGAGCCUUGCGUAUGUUUCGGCCACGGGAGUUGUGGCUUCGGUUGUGAUACUCGGGUCCGUCUUGUGGUCGGGGAUUGCCAACGGCAUCGGAUUUUCGCAGAAGGGAGAGCUUUUGAACUGGGGCGGCUUGCCUACUGCUUUAAGCUUGUAUGCGUUCUGCUACUGUGCGCAUCCUGUUUUCCCCACUCUGUAUACUUCUAUUACAGAUAGGAGCCAGUUUUCAUCGGUUUUACUGGUGUGUUUCUCGUUGUGCACGGUGACGUACACAUCAAUGGAGGUGUUAGGGUACACGAUGUUCGGGUCAGAGCUGCAAUCACAGAUCACAUUGAACCUUCCGACGGAUAGAUUGAGCUCAAAAAUGGCGAUCUUCACUGCUCUGCUCAACCCCAUAGCCAAAUACGCGCUGAUGAUGAAGCCUAUUGUUGAUUCGGUGGAGAGAGGAAGUGUUUCCCAGUCGUUGACGCGAGUUGCGUUGAUCAGCGGCAGCGUGUUUGUGGCCGUGAUGGUGCCGUUUGCAGCGAGUACACAUAUUAUAAAAAUAUUCAACUAUCUUUUUUUCUAUUUAUUUAAUUCGUCUAACAACUCUUUCUUAAAAUCACAUAUCAUUCAAGAAUAUGGACCUAUUAAAUGA